AUGAGUGUGCAGCGAAGCCGUUUACCAACUUACACAGCAAAUGGUAAUACUUAUGGUUAUAAUUCACCAUUAACUAAUCGACGAGGUUCUCUAUCAACGCCAUCUCCUACUAAUAACAUGUUCAAUCCAACUCAACGAGACUAUUAUCAUGUAACCUCACCUUUCCAUUCAUCAACGCCUAACCAUAAUAGUACUUUAUCAAGGAACUAUUCUCAUCGUGAAACUAGUCAUAGUCAUCAAACUUACCCAACUUCAAGCUACGCUAAUCAUAAAAGCUUUGACAAUAACCAUAACAACACCAAUAACAAUCAACAUCAUCAUCCACACUUUCACCAUCAUCAUCACCCUUACAACCAAACCUGUCAUAGUGGCAAUGUUUUUAGCAACAAAAACAUUAAUAGUGGUUUCUUCUACAGAUCAGCUCCAACGAGUACACUAACUAGUCCUAGAUGCUCUUUACCUGGUACUCCUACUGACAAAUCAUCUUAUAAAUUAGAAUCUCCUUUUAUUAAGUCUUCUGCCUCUUCAACACCUUCCAGAAUAAUGUCACAACAAUCUUCUUCAUCGACAAAGAACAAAAAACCAGGCCUAACCAAAUCAUCUACUGUUGGCUCUGUGUUAUCUGAAUCUUCGGUUAAAACUGGUACAAAUAGUAGCCCUAGUAGCAAAAAAUUUGAUUGUUACAUGCCUCUGUGCGAGGUACAGUCUGCCCUUAAAAAGGGUGAAGUAAUUGAGGGUGUCCUAAGGAUCAAUCCAAAGAAUUUUGAAGACGCAUAUAUUAGUGCCCCGGACGGGGAGAUGGACAUAUACAUUGGAGGAAUAGAAGGUAGAAAUAGAGCUUUCAAUGGUGACAGGGUUGCUGUUGCCCUGAAUCCUCCGAAUAAGUGGAAGAUUUUAUAUGAAAAGCUCCGUUUUAAAUGGAAAGAAUGGGGAAAAGAAAUUGACGAAAGUUUAAAGAACCAAGUGUCCAUGCAAGAAGAUCAGACUGAGCCUAAAGGGUUCUGGCCUAAAAAUGAAGAGGAACCAACGAGCUCUAGCUCGAAAGCAAAAUCGUCGAAAGAAAAAGAAAAAAAUGGAAAAUCUAAUGCACAAACGAAUCUACAACGUAUUAUUCCACCAUGUGAAAUCACAGACGACUAUAUCAUGAAUAUGAUCAAUGAUCUAGAGAGAUUCCACUGCUCCGUAGUUAUUGACGAUGAACUGGACGAAAACUCGGAAGAUUCAGAGCCUGAAAGGCCCCCUCAAAGUAAAUCUAAAUUACGAAUAAUUAAAAGUGGAACCGAGAAAAGCAGUAAAAAGUCCAAAAAGAAAAAUAAAAAUAAAGAAGCGCCAAGCUCUUCCACGAAAAAAACUAAAAAGACUGAGGAAUCCAAGGUAAACAUUCCCGAGGGCUUACCAUCAUAUUUUAUUAAUCUAACUGCUGAAAAUUUCAUUGGUUGCCCUCACUGGGAGGAAUUUAUUCAAAAAACUGGCCAAGUUAAAGCAAUUAUUUCUGAGGGUCACCCUCGUUUUGCUGGUGGUAAACUCAGAAUGAUUAAAGAUCGUAACAACACGGCUUUGUUCUGUCCAACAGAUAGUAAAAUUCCUCGAAUGUUGAUUCCUAUGGAUCAAUGUCCUCCUGACUUUAUACAUCAUCCCAACCACUAUGAAGACACCAUGUUUAUUGCUCGCAUAGUCUCGUGGGAAGAGAAUAGUAAAUUACCAACGGGUACUCUGGUCAAAAAAUUAGGAUCUUCUGGUGACAUCAAUGUUGAAACAGAGAUUAUUUUAACUGAGAACGGAAUCGAUGAUAGUGAAUUUGAUGAAACCAUAAUGCAUGGACUUCCUUGUGUUCAAAAAUCUACCGACUUCAAGAUACCGAACACGGAAUUAUUAACUAGAAGGGAUUUCCAUGAUGUUUGUGUAUUUACUAUUGAUCCAAGUACAGCGCGUGAUCUUGAUGAUGCCUUAUCGCUUCGUGUUAUUGAAAAUGAAAAAUCUAUCAAUGGUCAACAAUUAUAUGAGGUUGGUGUUCAUAUUGCUGAUGUUUCAUAUUUUUUAAAAGAAGGGCUACCCUGUGACGAAGAGGCUCGCAAGCGAACUACAUCGUUCUAUUUAGUACAAAAGAUGAUUCCAAUGCUUCCACGAGUUCUCUGUGAAUGUCUUUGUUCCCUUAACCCUGGUGAAGACAAACUAACCUUUUCUGUUGUCUGGACCAUGGAUGAGGACGGAAAUGUUUACGGUGAACCUUGGUUUGGACGCAGCAUCAUCCAAAGUUGCAUAAAACUUAGUUAUGAAAUUGCCCAAGAUAUGAUUGACAAUCCAGACAAAAAAUGGACACCAGAAGAAGUUCCUCACGUUUAUGGUGAUUGGACUAUUGAUGAAAUUAGCUCCUCUGUUAAUAUUUUUAUGAAAAUGGCUCGACAAAUUCGUAAUCGAAGGCUAGAAACUGGAGCUCUAAAUAUGAGAGAAGCAAAAUUAGCUUUUGUUCUUGACUCAGAAUCUGGUCUACCUUUAGGUUACACACCUCAUAAACAUUUAGAAUCGCAUUAUCUCAUCGAAGAAUUCAUGCUCAUGGCAAAUAUGGCUGUUGCUAAAAAAAUUUAUGACACUUUUCCUGAACAUGCUUUUCUUCGUCGACACGAACCUCCUGAUGGUAGAAUGUUAAAACAAUUCCAAGAGUACUGUGUUGCUAAUGGAAUGAAACAAAUAGACAUUUCCUCAGCGAAAAGUAUCCAAAAAGCUCUCAAUUCAAUCGAUGACCCAUUAAUUUAUACAUCUUUAUCUAAUGUUCUACUGCGAUCUCUUACUCAAGCCAAAUAUUUUUGCGCUGGAGCAGUUCCUCAAUCGUUUAAUUUCUAUCGUCAUUACGCUCUUAAUGUUGAACUUUAUACACAUUUUACUUCACCAAUCCGACGUUAUCCCGACGUUAUUGUUCAUAGACUUCUAGCUGCUGCACUCGAGUGUGGUAAUAUGGUCUCAGAUAGUCCUGAAGAACUGCAGCAAUUAGCAAAUGUUUGUAAUGUAAAGAAGAAUGCUUCAAGAUUAGCUUCUACAGCUAGUGGCAAACUCUUUGUGGCUCUGUAUAUAAAACAAUGUGGAGUUGUUCGUGAUGAGGCGGUUGUUGUACAAAUUUAUGAUCACUCUUUUGACGUUAUGUGUACAAAUUGUAACGAAUUUUGUCGUGUUUAUUGUGAUAAACUUGAAGUUGAUCAUUUUGAAUUUCAAGAAUCGGUAUCUGGGUCUAAAGUAAUGAAACUUUUUUGGAAAGGUCCUAAAGCCGAGGUUCAAACAAUUGCUCCUUUCUCCAGACUUAAUGUUGAAGUAUCCAUAAGUCCAUCCGAUAUCCACAAAUGGAUUGUCAUUGCUGUCAAUCCAUUUGCCAAUCAAGAAGUUUGUGAUUAAUGAGAUUUUUUUCUUAAAGUGAUUGAUGCUUCUUUCUUCACCUGUCCAAUGUUAUACUCAAAGAAAAUGUCAUUAUCACUGCCAAUUCAUCAAUUUGCAUUAUGGACUUUUUUAUCUCAUUUCAUCCAUUUCUUUUUCCACCUUAUUUUGAUUUAACAGAGUAUAAACCGACGCCCUUAGGAACAACGAAAGGGACUCUUAUAAAAAUUUCUUAGAUUUAAAUAUUUCUGCCUCAAACAGCAAACAGAACAAAAUUAGAUUUAAUCGCAAUUUAGUCUGAAUCUCAGGCAAUUUUGACUCGUGAUUAUGCAUCAAGGGGUAUUUAAUUUCUGGUUGUUGAUGCCUAAUUUUCGUACUCAUGAACAAAAAAAUGAAUCAAAUCGUGUCAUUUGCAUUACAAUUGCUUUAAUUUUUCAAUGUUACAACAUUUUUUAUAAUUGUUGUUAAAACACAAGAAGAUACAAAAUAAAACAAAAAAAAACGAAGAUUUUAUCUUCAAA